AUGAGCAACAAAUCAAAGACACAGAACUCUCGUAUAAUUGAUAGUGAUCAGGAGGAUGACUUGAUCGUUUUAGCUUAUGAAGAUGUUUUCGAAGGAAUUCAAGCCUGGAGCCUGUUUGGAAGAAUUUUCUCAGAUCGGAUCUUUUCCGUAGGUACCAUGGAAGGAGCUCUGUAUGCAAUAUGGAAUAAACCAGAAGGAUUCAGAGUAGUCGAAAAAUCCAGGAACCAGUUUCAAUUUUUCUUUGAGAAUGACUCUGAUGUGACUCGAAUUGAGCGAGGUUCACCUUGGUUAUUCAAGAGUUUUGUUAUUCAUGUUCGCAGAUGGAAGCAAUCAAUAAACAUGGAGGAUAAUCACAUCUCUUCUUUUCUUGUAUGGGCACAAUUUUGGGGAUUGCCUGAACAAUACAAAACACUUGAGAUUGGACGAAAAUUGGGUGGGAGACUUGGUCAAAUUGAAGAUGUUGCUCUAUUUGAAGUUAGAGGCAACGAUACACGUAUAGUGAAGGCUAAAGUGGAACUGAACGGUGAUAAAAGAAUGAGGGAUACACUGAAACUGCUUGAUCCUAAUCAGAAAAUGCUGGAAAUUGGAAUAUGCUAUGAACGUAUAGGUGUGUUCUGUACUUAUUGUGCAAAAUUGGGGAAUGAAUCUAAGAACUACCAAUGUUUUAUUGAUGAUUCUGCCCAAAACAAUAUCAAGGAAGAUAAAGUUGGUGAAUGGCUUAAGGCAGAUCAAGUCGGUAGGCGUUUAACUGAAAAGAGAGCUUCCUUCAAUCCUAACCAACCUCGGGAUGGUUCUAUUCCAGCUCAAUCGAAGAAAAAAUCUCCACCUGCUUGGCUUUUUGAUAGUUUCUAA